AUGUCAAGUCACAGUGCUUCAUGCUCAAGUGACAUUUCAGUCGACCUAACCGAUGCCUUUCGAAGUAUGAUACUGAACAAGCGUUUCGUCUUGUGGGAUGAUUUUGAAAGCGCCUUAAAAGAGUUCCAAAAAACUACUUAUACUCGUUACAUCCACACAGAAAGCAGAUUGCUGAAGGAUGUCAGGUUCAAAUACCUGUUUGUAUCGUUUAAUUGUACGUUUGGUCAUAAGAGGAAAUCGGAAGGUUUGAAAGUGAGGCAAAAAUCGUCUAAAUUCCGUAAUUGUCGAUCUAAAUUUCGUGUAAGACUAGAGGAGCAAGGAUAUGUCGUCAAAUCCUACAACAUGCUCCACAAUCAUUCAUGUAGUAGUUCAUGGAUGGUAUGUGAUCCAUUGACAAGGAGAUUAUCGUCAGAAGAAAAAGAGAACUUGAAGCCCGUAAUACUUCACUGUGAGUCAGCAGAUGAAGUUAUCGAAAGCAUUAAGGAGAGAACUGGUAAGCAAGCAACUGCUGCCGAUGUCAAAGGUAUGAAAGCUACACUCUCCACUGGUAAUGGAUAUGCUUAG